UAAAAACCGGUAAACAGACAUAAUCUGUGGCAGUUUUUUUUAAUUCGUUGUUAUGACAUUUGUUAUCAGCUGAUGAGCAUCUGCGAAAAUUCUGAAACUUUUGUUAUUUUUCUUGUUAUUUUCUGCUAGAUUUCAAAAACAAUGUCGCAACAAUUAGAAAUAUUAACUGAGAACCUGUCUCAAUGGACUUCAGUGAGUUUCGUCACACCGGAAAUCCAGAAAAAGGAGAUCAAACCAUUUGUUGCUCUGGCGAUCAAAGAGCUGGAAGGCAACCCAGACAGUCGGUUGAAGUCCCUGAUGAGUACGGACAAGUUCUCAGCUGUGCGCGCGGUGGUGCGACACUUCGCCAGGUGCAGAUCGGCCAGCAAGGAGGCUUGGAGUCAGGAGGAUGUUGUUACGUUCUUAGAGGGACUUAGAUUUUCCCCAGAAUGUGUGUCAGAGCUGGCUUCUUUGGUGUGCGUAGACAAGAUAUAUGAGAAUAUCCCCACGCACUUGAGGGUGAAGCCGGGGUUAGCAGGACUGCAGUGGAAGAUUGAUAUGUCUCUAAGCCAAUCUACAAUCCAUUCAGAGAGCGCCAACCCCCAGCGUUGCAAAGAGAUUCUACAUCGUCACACUCACAUAAUAUUAAUUCUUACUCUCACAGACGGACAGAACCAUGUUUAUAGACUGUCGUUAGCUAAAUUCCAUGAGUUGAGAUACGCUGUAGCUAGCGCGUUGAAAGGCAUGAUUGUGUUGGAGAAAAGGAAAUGUAUGAGGAGAGACUGAUACAGGUUUUCUUGCGGGUAGUCCAAUAGUUUGACUACCGAUAACUUCAGAACGUGACUACAGUACCUCUAGUACGAAAAAUUCUGAAGUAAACUUCUUUAUUAGAUUUAGAGCGCUUGCACAUUAGGGUAGUAGCGCGACAGCAGCGCGGCAGUGGCGUUUUUAUAAUGUGAAGGCAUGCAUGUGCAUGUCACAUAGUAUGAAAUUAUAACCGCCUCAGUGGUCUAGUGGUGAGACCACCUGCUUCAGACGCAGAGGUCCCGAGUUCGAUUCCCAGUGGGGGCAGAUUUUUCUGUUCGGUUUGGU